CACGCGGAAGUAAUUGCUCCAAGAUGGCAGCGUCCUUGACCGGCAUGUUUUGGUUUCAGUAAAGUGUCAAACAUGCAAAACAGUUGGGGAUUUACGGACAGGACGAGUGACAAAAGAAAACUGUGAUAGCGGAACAUGGAAAGACGAGAAUUUGUCUCGUCCUUGGUGGCAGGAGGCUGUGCAGGGAUGUGUGUGGAUCUGACCCUCUUCCCUCUGGACACCAUUAAGACCAGACUGCAGAGUCAGCAGGGCUUCUACAAGGCCGGGGGCUUCAGGGGCAUCUACGCCGGGGUCCCAUCUGCUGCCAUCGGCUCCUUCCCCAAUGCCGCUGCCUUUUUUGUCACCUAUGAAUACACAAAGUCCCUGCUCGGCACCGGUGGACUGCUAGCUGCACCACACGUGGCACCUGUCACUCACAUGCUGGCCGCCUCCCUGGGUGAAAUAGUGGCAUGUCUGAUCCGUGUGCCCACAGAGGUGGUAAAACAGAGGACUCAGGCUUCUCCCUCGUCGACCACUUACCACAUGCUGCUGGCUACACUCAGAGAAGAGGGUGUUCGAGGCCUGUACAGAGGGUAUGGGAGUACAGUUCUCAGAGAGAUCCCGUUUUCACUGGUGCAGUUUCCACUUUGGGAAUAUUUAAAGACUCUGUGGUCGUGGAGGCAAGGUCACACGCUCUACUCUUGGCAGGCUGCAGUGUGCGGAGCUUUUGCAGGUGCAGUAGCGGCAUUUGUUACCACUCCUCUUGACGUGGCGAAGACCAGGAUCAUGCUCGCUAAGGCCGGGUCGUCCACAGCGAGUGGCAACAUCCCACUGGUGCUCCAUGAAGUGUGGAAGAGUCGAGGCCUUCCAGGUCUGUUUGCGGGCAGCGUACCGCGGAUGGCGUUCAUCAGCGUGGGCGGUUUUAUCUUCCUGGGAGCCUAUGAGAAGGUCCGCCGCUCGUUGCUAUAACCGACUGAUGGAGGAGGAUCAGUGCGGAAAGCGUCAGGUGAAGCAGCACCGUCUUCGCCUGCAGGGCCUCGGCGCCUCCACGCAAAGGGACGUCUGGAGCUCCGGGGUAAGAGUAAUCAACAGGCUCGAUCGCAUUACCCAGGGUUCUGCAUUCCUGCUCUUCGCUGCCCUGCGGAUUGAGUUUAACAGAUUGCGAUCCGGCGUCUUGAACAGCACCGACAGUGGUUUGGCGGCGUGAACGCAACACCCUGUCCCACAAAACUACAGGAGGCAGCUUUACUGUCCGUUAUGUGUGUAUGUAAAUGAGUCAUGGUAUUAAAGAUGCUGUUUUUUUAAAUA